AUGUCCGACGAACAAGGCGAGAAUAUUGAAUAUUUUGGAGGAUACGGAGGUGAAGAAUUCAUUGUCAGAAAAAAUAAUGAAGAAAUGACUGUAUUAUCAAUGGAAAAAAAUUUGAAGAAAAUGAAGAAAAUGAGGUUGAAUUUGGACCAAGAUGCUUCAAGAGACUCCAUGUAUCAAAACUCAAGUUCUGAACCUUCACCAUCGCAUUAUAAGCUACCAAUAUCUCAUACUGAAAUGCAACUGCGACAAGCCGACGAACAUAUACCUUUCACUCUACCAACGGCAAAAUACAGGUUUUGGCCAUCAAUUUCGGACACUCCUAUCAAGAAUGCACCUACUCUUAAAUACUUGUUAAUUGAUUUUUAUUAUUUGGAGUGGGUACUUACGUUUGAUGAUUACGAAGAGUUAGAUGCGCCCACAACACAAAUGGAGAACAUAGAACAUAAUGAAAAUAGAGAAAUUAUAUGUAAUGCUAGUGAUUGA